GUUCUAUUCACGUCGUCCACGACGCUAAUCAUAAACAUCAUUUCUGCUUCUGUUGUAUAUAUCCGCGAACAGGAAGUACGGCUUCUUUUAACUGCCAUCAACAAACCCGGAAUCCGAAGUAGUAAAAUAAAAAGUGUUUGUUCCUCCUUUGGUAGCUUUGCCCUUCACGUACGGUUGACGCGUACGUCGUGCUCGUGUUCUUCUCCUUCCUUCCUCGGCGAGAGUCGUGGGAAAGAAUCGUGGCGGCGCACUGACGGUACCAUUCGGGCAGGCGUAGCUGCUACUUCCUUUGCGCAGCGCCUUUCAGCAGCAAAGAACCCCUCUCUCUUAGAGGCCUUUCCACUUAUCCUCAGAGGACGGCGAUACACAUUUGCACCGAUUGGUGUUUAUUUGCUGUCGUGUAGAUUAAAAAACAAAAAAAACGCAUCGACUCCCUUCGUUAAGCUAAGUGUUUCUUUAAGUAUUUUUUGGUGCGGCUUUCUUUUUUCUUUCUUCUUCUUCGACCGCCAGACCGUCAGGUCGCAGCAAAGGGAGUACAUGAAUUGUUCCCGGAACGUUGAAUACGGCCAACUGAAGAACAAUAUAAAACAAAAUAAUCCCUCUGAGUUGUCUGCUCGUCAUUUUUCUCAGUUGUCUUCUUUCCAUUUCUCGAAUAAACACUAAGUUGAGUUUUUUUGUUUGAUAUCUGUUCUUGCUGUUCGCCCUGAACUUUCCGUCUGCGCCUCGCGUACCUGGCGCCUCUUUUUUUUCUCUCUCUUCUAUACACUGCGCGCGUGGUACACGACAAACAGCAGACAGGACGUCACUUAUUUUUCUUUUCUUUAACCUUUGUUGUUUUUUCUCUUUCUCCCUCUCCCACCAAGAUCCGGUGCCAGAUCAAAAAGCUAUUUAUAUAACCAGCGUUCAGAUCCCUGGACUUCUUUUUUUUUUCCUAACUUCUCCUGUUCAGACGAGUUUCUCCCCCUUCACAACAUAGAGCUUAUUUCUCACCUGUGUUCCACGUUAGUUGCGUUCUUUAUAUUUCUUGCUUAGUUCCGUCAUUUACAACAUCAAAAGAAGGCGGGACACACACCCACGGAGGAGCAAUGAGCCACUCGUCCUCUAGUAGCGAAUCGACGCACACGGCGAAGCCAGGCAACGCUGAGGCUUCGCUCUCUCUUUUCGCCGACGCGACCCAGCUGCCGAACGAUCCCUCGCUGUCGUACCCACCAGCACCGCAAACCUCGGAGGUCACGCUCCCCCGUCUCUUGACCCCGAGCGUGACGAGCGCUUCUCACCCCGCGUCCAAUGCAUGUGGCGGAGACGCGACAGCGAUGGCACGACAUCGAGAUGUGCCAUCGCCGCUGCUUCCACAGACGCGGUCGCAGAACCUUCGCACCGAUGUAAAACCGACGUCUUGCGCGCGGGAGGAGUCGGAGCCGGCCUCGCUCUUUAGUUCCCGCAACCGCGCGACGGAGAUGUCCAGCUUUGGUAUCUCCGUCUCCACCGCCACCGCCGCCGGUGGUGCGGUGAGUGCGUCCGCCGCGCCGCUUCGCUGGCUGAAGUCGUCCGACGUUCGCGCGAUCGGUGUUGGCGCGGAUUUUAUUCAACCCUGUGGCAGUGGGAUGCGCAAGGAUCCGAACUACGUGUUUGAGCGAGCCGUGCAGAGGCAGGCGAUACACACCGAAACAGAGGAAGACGUGAUGCUGCACGCCGCCGCCUACUUCACCGCCGUUUUGGAUUAA